AUGUCACAGGGAGAAGCCUCUUCUUCAAAGAAGAGAAAGGACGACGACGACACUGCAUUUUCGUUCAUCACUAUAUUCGACCAAGACGCCAUCAAAGACCCGAAGCGGCAGCAACAAGCUCGAACCCAAGCUAUCAAGCAUUCCUUGCAGCGCAAGCGUCGGCAAUUGCAGUUGACCAACCAGAACUUCAUCAACCAGACCCCAACCACUGGGAGAAGAGGAAGAGGCAGAGGCAAGGAGCGUGACACCGGUCGGGUCAUUACAACAUCCGCAUCCUCAUCGCCAGCUAGGUCGCUCUCUUCUGCGAGAUCACUAUCAUCAGCGCAGUCCUCCUCCUCUGCCUCCGGGCCAACACAGGUCGAUCCAUUCGAAUCGAUCGCCGUCAGCGCCAUUCGUUUGACGACAUUGCUGCAAUUCGACCAGGCUCAGUGGACGAGCGACAACCCACUCGAAGCCACCGCCCUGCCGGAAAUUCUGGAGCUUCGUCGUGCCUACGAUGCCGGACUGGACGAUCCAGGCUUGGCUUCUGCUAUCGCUAUGGCAUUGGUGUUUGCGGAGAACAGUGGACAGAUGAAUCGCGAUUUCUCCACGCACAGACUAGCCGCCAUACAACACAUCAACGAAAAGCUAUCGAAUCCUGAUGCAGCGGCAUCGGCGGCUACCAUUGGUGCAGUGCUCCUUUUGGUGGGCGUGGAGACACGACUGGGUGAACAAGAGACCACACAAAUGCACUUGAAUGGCGCACGGCAGUUGAUGGGAUUGUGCAAUGAUCGUCGCGUUUCGUUGGGUCCGUCUAUCAAGAGAGCGGCCUUCUGGCAAGACUUAUUCAGUGCGAUGAUCGCCGACACCUUUCGCGUGUUCAGCCAUGUCACAUUCCCAGAACUGCACUGGCAGCGUGACCUCACACAGCCCUCCCUAUACACCAUUCCAAGCGGCUUCGCCAGUCGGGGCGAUGUUCUGGGCCCUCAGUUCAUCGGCAUUAUUGGGGACAUCUGCGCGUUACAGCAACAGGUUGGAGGGGAACAAGAGAGCAGCCUGGACACAUCACAACUUGAGCGAUUAGACAGCCAGCAGGCAUGGAUCGAGUCGCGACUGGAACAGAUGCGCCAUCAACGCGAGAACCCCCUGCUCCGCUGCUGCGUUCUCGCCGCCUUGCUGUGCGCGUACGGCCUCUUCACCGAUAUUUGGGGCGGCGACAUUCUCGCGUCGCGCUUAUCGGCACGCUUGUUAGACGAAAUCCACGCAAUGGACACUUGGUCUGGCUGGCAAGACCAUGCGGACCUCCUCCUCUGGCUGCUGAAUAUCGGCACAACGUCUACCUUCGAUGAUACCGUGCGGCGCGCGUACGAGAAGCUGUGCAACGAGAGGCAUCGCGCGCUCCUUCGACCGAUCUCGAGGUCUUGGGACGAACUGGACACGCAGCUUAGGAAGUUCAUCUGGUCCGACGAGGUCCAUGUCGCUAGUGUCGGAGGUUUUUGGUCGUAGUGGAUACCUGGUAUGAUAGAGAUAGAGUAGCACGCGACAUCUCGC